AUGAAACCCACGUGGGCACUCCAAUCUUUCGUCCUCCUCCUGUGCUGCGCAAUUUUUGGAGGGCACAAACGGAAGGACGGAGGCAGGAGCGCGUCCUUCAUCCAGGUGGCACACUCCUUUGCUAAAAAAAAAGUGUGCACAUCUUCGUCGGACGACUCCACGUGUAGAAUGGUUGCGUUUGGGCAGUUAGACGUUUCGAACAACUCGGUGAGUGUAAGAAGCGCGAUCAAAAGCACGCUCAGGAGAAACACGCACAGGAGAAGCGCCUACGUAUUACGACUGAAGGUACUAAGGCCGGAUGGAAAAGGAUACUUCUUAACUAUUCGAAGAGAUUACGUAACCCUUUUGUAUUACCUGAAAUAUAUGAAAGACAUCCCCUUCAAAUAUACAGAAGUAGUGGACGUGUUUAAUCACCAAAAGUUUAAAAAAUACACAGAGAAACAGAUUAAGGAAUACACAUACACAUGCAAUGUGCGGAGGAUAGAAGAAAUAAACACCCCAGAUGGAGAUUUCCCACCUCAUUAUCUUGAAUACAUAAAGGGGGAAUCAUGCACAUGUCAAUCGUAUAACUUAUUCAGGGAUAAUAAAGAUAUAAAGAGGUCAAAAUUAAAGUGCAUCUAUUUCAACAUGCUGUUCUCUGAAUCAGCCACCGUUUACAGUAGACACUGUCCCAUCAUAGAUUUUUCUUCCUAUGCUGUGUAUGAUAUAGAUUAUCCACCAAUAUUUAAUACCCAAGUGGAUAUAACUGUGCAGGAGUAUUCAUAUGAUGAUGUGAGCAGUGUUUUAAAUAAGACGUAUGAUUUAGUUACAAAGGAAAAGAAAUAUGAACUAAAUGAUUCGAUAACUGAAAUUAGGGAUGAUUAUUUCGAUUUGUGGUUACUUCUCAGGAGUGAAUUUCAUGGGAAAAAUACAUUAGUAAAUUUAUCAAAUGAUUAUAUUCUCAUUCCUUCUGCCCCUGUAAAUGACAUAGAUGUCUUAGCUAGCGAUGUUACUAGGAAUUGUGGUCUAGAAGAAAAUUCUCCUCUUCUGAAAGGAUGCGAUUAUCAUGGAAUAUGUAACGUAAUUCAUCCCUGUUUGAGAAAAGCUCUCAUGAUGCCUAAAUAUCUUUUCGAUUUGAGUGGGAAAACAUGUGAUAAGUUUGGAGUGUCUCUAACUAAAUGGAGAGCAUCUAAUGGGAACUUCUGUGCCUCCCCCCCUGGGCAUUGCAUUUCUGUAAGCCUUCAAAGAUAUUAUGAUGCGCACAAAGCAGCUAUGGAUUCAGAUGGGGCUUCAAAAUAUAAAAUUAAAAAUGUAUAUGCAUCGGAACCACAGACAAGGAUAUACAAGCCAUCCGCUUUGCCUGACCAUUUGAAAGAAAAGAUUAACAAUAAUCAUAAAAAAAUCGAUGUCAACGAUUUAGAUAAUAAAGUAUUUUACAACGAAAAGACAGCUGCACACUCGCAGUUCAUUGAAUAUAAAUUUAAUGGAAAUCACUCUGUUGAGAUUAAGUUCGAAACGAGUGCACUGGAGGUGUACGAAAUCAGGCCAAUAUCGACUGCCACCAUUACUCAUAUUACUACUCCCAAAAAUUGUUCAUCUAAUCAAUCGGAGUCGAAGGAUUGUGUCCUAAUUGUGCAUACUUGGAACAACAGCACCAGUGUAGGCUCAAACUUUUCUUGUCAUGUAAUCUGCACAGAUAAGGACACCGGGAAGCUAGCUACUCACCUUGGUCCCAUCAGUCCUGUAAACGCAUUUAUUGAUGCUAACAAGAAUUACGCCUUUUAUUUUAUUAUCAAAUUUUUAAUAAACAAAGAAAUAAAAACCACGUGUAAGGCAGUUCUUCGGGAUUCAAAUGGGAGGGAGUGCUCCAAGGAAGAUUUCCUAUUAACUUCAAAAGAGACUGUCCACGUGGUAGACGUAGCACUUCCAGAAAUGGCAGUCGAAUCUAGUGUAACCGAAUACCACAGCGAACCGGAAGUGGCUCAAGAUGCUGAUAGCGAUACAUGCAAGUGUACCUUUGAGGUUACUUGCUACCUAUUUAACCUUCAAAAAUGUGUUAAUUAUUACACAAAUCGGAUCAAAAAUAUCAUCAGGAAAUUUGCCAUAAUUGCCAUUUUGGUUAUCCUCGCACCUGCCUUAAUUCCGCUGCUACCAUUUUUUAUCAAAUUCUUUUUCCUGUGUCUAUCCCUGGCCCUUAGAAUAUACCACUCGCUUUCA